GGUCCCGGGACAGCGGGCCCCGCCUGGGAGCCAGCCCCCCGCCGCCGCCGCCCCGCAGGGCUGCCCCCGCUGCCUCACGGCCCCCACAGCCACCAUGAAGAAGGAGGUGUGCUCCGUGGCCUUCAUCAAGGCUGUGUUCGCCGAAUUCCUGGCCACCCUCAUCUUCGUCUUCUUCGGCCUCAGCUCGGCCCUUGAGUGGUCAGAGAAGCCCAGCAUCCUCCAGAUCGCGCUGGCCUUUGGCCUGGCCAUAGGCACCCUGGCCCAGGCCCUGGGGCCCGUGAGCGGCGGCCACAUCAACCCUGCCAUCACACUAGCCCUCUUGGUGGGCAACCAGAUCUCCCUGCUCCGGGCUGUCUUCUACGUGGUGGCCCAGCUGGUGGGCGCCAUUGCUGGGGCAGGCAUCGUCCGUGGGCUGGCACCAGACAAAGUCCGAGGCUUUCUGGCUGUCAACGAGCUCAAAAACGACACAACAUCAGGCCAGGCCGUGGGGGUGGAGCUGAUUCUGACCUUCCAGCUGGCACUCUGCAUCUUCUCCUCUACCGACCCCCGUCGCACCAGCCCUGUGGGCUCCCCGGCCCUGUCCAUUGGCCUGUCUGUCACACUGGGCCACCUUGUAGGGAUCUAUUUCACCGGCUGCUCCAUGAACCCAGCCCGCUCUUUCGGCCCCGCAGUGGUCAUGAAUAAGUACAGCCCUGCACACUGGGUAUUCUGGGUGGGACCCAUCGUGGGGGCUGCCCUGGCUGCCAUCCUCUACUUCUACCUGCUCUUCCCCAAUUCCCUGAGCCUGCGUGAGCGUGUGGCUGUCGUCAAGGGCACGCACGAGCCUGAAGAGGACUGGGAGGAGCAGAGGGAGGAGCAGAAGAAGACCAUGGAGCUGACUGCCCACUGACCAGCGUCAGGGGCCAGGCCCUCGCCUAUGAACUGCAGGGGAGGGGGGGGGGACUACACACACACACACACACACACACACAGCAAAGCUUCCUUCCCCCACAGCUGGGUCCUCUGGGCUGGGGAGGAGGUAUUGGCUCCCCAGGCUGCAGUUAGAAUUGGAGCGGGAACCCAUGAUAGGACUCUUGGGGUGGGGGUCAGGAGCUGGGGUCUGAUAGGAGGGAGGUGUCUCACUGAGACAGGACAGGCUGCUGCCAUGAGUUCAGACCUCAGAGAUUGGGAACACAGCACCAAGCUCUCAGGCUGCCCCAGGGGGAGGCCAGGAAGCGAUGGCCUGCAUUCUUCACCCCCCACUCUCCCAGCCCCUCCUCAAGAGCCAGAGGGAGACAGCUCCUUAGGAGGGAGGCAGUCGGGUUCAUUUAAUGCUGCCUUAUUUAUUUCUGCUUAUGGAUGUGUGGGCUGCUUGGAGUGGGGGCUUCCCAGUAAACCACUGACAUUCAUAUUCUGCCUCAUCUCCCCCUAGAAGCCUCUCCUUGGACACUUAGGCCCAUCAACUCUCCUCUUUGUCACCCUACACCUUCCCCCAAUGGCUCCACAGUCCUCUAUGGAAAGACAGGGAAGCUGAGGCCAGGGGAGGCCUAGAGUCAGAUAUGGGGGUGGGAAGAGCAAGAGAGGGGUUGGGGAGAGGGAGAGGGACCAAAUAUAGAAAGAGUUAGAGGUCAGGAAAAGGCAGUGGGAGAGAGAAGGAGGCAUCCUCUUCACUCAGUCUCCCGCCUGCACACCCCUCCCACCUCAGCUAUGUCCAGUCCCUGCCACUUGAGGAGGGUAUGACAGGCAGGGUGGAGGAGAAGUGAACCAGCCUGCAGCCCCGUCAGAUGCCAAGGGGGUGACCAGCCAGGUCUGUCAUCAGGAAGGAGGCACAGGCCUGGACUCCCCUCUUUACACCUCAGUGUUCCAAAGAGGAGCUAUGCUGGGAGCCUGUGCUCAGAGACAGCAGCAGCACCCCUGCCCCCACCACACACACACACACACACACACACACACACACACCCAGAAGCUGCACCUGGCCUACCUCUUUUCUGGCCUCUUCCCAGUCUCUGCAGGCCAGUGUCCCUACCAUCUUCCCUCUAGGCCCACAGCUCUGCCCUCACCGGCUCUUGUCUCCUUGCCACUGACCCACUGACAUUCCUUAGGAAACUGCCUUAAUUCACCAAACCUCCAUCUAUUAAGCUAUAAAAUGAGGAUUAAAACUGCUUCCUUCAGAGUGUUGUGGGGAUCAGAUGAGAUGAGAGAGUGAGAUUCCUAGGACCCGUCUGCUGUCUGUGGGGAAAGGGUGGAAUGCUGAUGAGCAGCUCAGGACACUGCAUCAUAGUUAAGGAGCCUGACCUGGGGUCCAAGUGCUGAUGCACAACUUUGGGUAACAUAAACUCUCUGAGUUCUAAUGACCUCAUCUGUAAAAUGGGGCCACUUGUACUCAUGGGUGGUUGUGAGGACAAAAUGAGACAAUGGUUGGAAAUAAAACCUUUGUGCAAACAGG